CAAUACACUGAAUGUAUGUUUGCACAAUGUGGUUGAGUAGUGAUUAAUAAAAGAUUGGCUAGAAUGCCAUGCAUGUGCCAUGGCUGGGCAGGAAGGAGAGAACAUGAGCUUAUUUUUUGCAACGUGAAUUGAGGAGGAGGGACCGACAUUGCCUUUUGGGUGGUCAUUCAGUCAUUGGAGUUGAUCUGCAGUCUGUAGUUCAGAAAGAAAGACUCGUGCCUGGGAUUGCAGCCUCCGUAAUGUAAAAAGUGAAAGUUUUAACAGUGCAGACGACUUAUUGAUGCCUAAAGAUCACCAUAGUCCUUGCACAGGCACAGCCACAUGCAGCUGGCACUGUGAGGUGGUUAUAUUAGAAAGCCUAUAACAACGAGAACAGCUCAAACAUGGAACUUUUUUGCUUGGAAAAGGACACAAUCAUGCGAGCUCAGAGAGAUCCAAACAUCUACUGCGAUGAAAGAGUAUUGCAAAGUCUUUUAACAGUGGAGGACAGAUAUGUUCCACAGGGACCCUAUUUUAAACGUGUCCAGAAAGAUAUUCAGCCUUUUAUGAGGCGGAUGGUCGCGACGUGGAUGCUGGAGGUUUGUGAAGAGGAGAAAUGUGAAGAGGAUAUCUUUCCCUUGGCAAUGAACUACCUGGACAGGUUUUUAGCUGCAGUUCCUACAAGAAAAUGUUUCUUGCAACUUUUAGGGGCCGUUUGUCUCUUCCUGGCUUCAAAAUUAAAAGCAUGCCAGUCGCUGUCGGCCAGGAAGCUCUGCAUGUACACGGACAACUCUAUUACAUCUCAACAACUGCUGGAGUGGGAGUUGGUGGUUCUAAGUAAAUUAAAAUGGAACCUGGCUGCCAUCACCCCUCUUGAUUUCAUCGAACACAUCCUGCACAAACUGCCCUUCCCCGAAGACAGACAGACGCUGAUCCGCAAACACGCGCAAACCUUCAUCGCCCUCUGUGCAACAGAUCACAGCUUCACCAUGUACCCUCCCUCCAUGAUCGCCACAGGAUGUGUGGGGGCAGCAGUAUGUGGCCUACAGCCCAACCAGAGCAACCAAAAUCUGUGGGGGGACAAUCUGAUGGAGCUGCUGGCUAAAAUCACCCACACUGAGGUGGACUGUCUGAAGUCAUGUCAAGAGCAGAUUGAGCAGUUACUGACCAGCAGCCUGAAAGAAAGUCAACAACAACAGGACGGCAGAGCCAACAACAAAGGGACGCAAUCUCAAAACCUGUCCUGCACCCCUACAGAUGUCCGUGAUGUCAAUUUAUGAUGUCAGUUCCUGAUCCUAACCACCUCACCUACUCAGCCUACAAAUGAUUCAGUUAUUAUUGUAUUACUGUAUUUAAGUUUUAUUUCAAACCCACGUAAGGUGACUGUGACGCCAUGGUCAAAUGCGCAUAAAAUACAAACACAAGCUUGACGUUUUAUUAAGGAGCAAAGCAGCUGCUGCUGCCGUCUCAUAUCUGCAGGCGGGGGCCUUUUACAUACUUGAAUUUAAAUUGAUUCGGCCUCAAACCAUGAUUAAAUAAUGCAGUAUGUGGUAUAUUGCUUAACAAAGAGCACACAUCUGUAUUGGCUAUUAAAUGCAACUUUAUCUAUUAAUACUAUUGAUAUUUUAUUGAAUAAUAAUAAUAAGGACAAUAUUACAUUAUUAUUAAGAAUGUUAUGCUUUAUAAAACAAAUACAUUAUUUACGAUAUAAAGUUUAUAUCGUAUAGAAUGUAUUGCUUUAGUAAUUCCCAGGGGUUGUUUUUUAUAUACUAGGUAAUUUAGGGUGCAUCCAGAUGUGAUCCCACGGAAAGCUAUUCUAGACAGAGACAUCCAUCUGUUUUUUCAGAGGGAUCAGUUUGCUUAUCAUCAAGAUAUUAAUACAAUGAUCUGAUGAGUUACUUCUUGGGUAUGAGUAACUCCAUUAGCAUAGGAUUUAUUUACAGAUGAAUGUAAUUGCAUGCAAUAAGCAUAUGAAUAUGUUAAAUGGUUUCUAUUCAUGCAUGGUGACCAUCACAGCUCCAUGAGGACACAGGACGGUUUUAGAUAGACUAAGUAUGUAGUGAACGUGAAGUAAAUGUGAGGGAGGCAAGGAAGAAAAGAGGUGAAGUGAAGAACACAGAUUGAAAGAUUUUGCACGUGAUUGAAAUAUGAAAGGUUUUAGACAGAGGGUUUCUGAAACGAUCUAAUCGUCGGAUGAAUAAAAUGUGCUUUUGACAUUUAAAAACACCAUCACAUGUGAGUCAGAGACACUCGCUAUGCUGAAUGGAUUUAUGGUGGUUUAAUGAUUUGGGAGUUUUAAAAUCCUUCCUAGCAAAAACACAAUACAAAUGCACUUUGAGAUAUCACCUCUCGCUGGUUAUCUGUGCUAUACAAGAGGAGGGCAUGGGUUUUCUUUUUUUUUUGGCAUUGUUUUUUUUUUUUUUUUUUUUUAAGUUAUUUUUGUUUUGGGGCUGGUUUCCCAUAUUAGGUGUGCUUGCGGGUUAUAGUUUUAAUUUUAGACCAACAAAUUCAGACCGUAAACUGAUCUAACAGUCAGCAACUGCCAUAGAAAUGGUUUGGUUUGACAUGCCAAGAUUAGUUGUUGUUGUUGUUAGUUUUUUUUUUUAGUUGUGUUAAAUUCAUGUCAGCAUAGAUAGGACAUCAUCAAAUUUCAUUAAAUCACUUUAUUUUAUUUGUCUGUUUUAUUUUAUUUUGUCAUCUACUUGAACUUUCUCAUUUAUAGGAAGAAGAUAUUUGGAAACAUUAUGGCAAUUUUCUUUCUCUUUCUUCAUUAGUUUGUUCUUGCACUUUUGAAAAUUGAUUUCUUAAGUCAGUUCUCUUUAUAUUAGUGGGCCUAAACGUAACUCAGAGGUCUGAGGUGUUUACUUAAAAUAUAACGUGUUGUGACCAAUGUUCCAUUCCUACACAUGUAUGCAAAUGAACUCUACGUUUAUGCUCAGUUUGAUAAUGAGUUUUUUUGAAACAAUGUUCAGGUUUUUUAAUAAUUUUCACUGAGUUUCUGUGCUAUCAUAUCCCUAUGUUAAUUUUGUGUUUUUUUUUUCUCCCAGUUCCUUUAUUUCUGUGUAAAUGUUUAAACUUGUGUUCCAGUGCUGCUAAAAGAAAAAGAAAAAUGAAAAAAGAGCUAUUGCAUACCUUCAGUUUUCAUGUUGCUGCUAUAUCACAGGAUCAUUGAACGUGUUUUCAUGGUGGCUGCUUGUCUGUUUUCUGUUUGCAUUUACACUGUCAUUUAUUUUACUGCAGACGGACCUUUAACAUGCAUGUAAGUGUUACUUUCAAAUCUGCAUGAACAGUCUUGCCUCAUUUGUUCAAUGCUGUCUGACUUGACUUUUGUCUUACUUUUUUCCCUAGCUAUUAUAUUAAUAUGUGUUAUGAAACGUGUUUUAAAACGCCUUAAUUGCUUUCAAAUAAUGUUCCUGCCCACAGUCGAAUUACCUCACAGUACUUCAGUCAAGAGUAUAUGGAGGAGAAGUAGGAUUAAAAAGGGUAUUUGGACCUCUUUAACCAGCAAGUUACCCUAAGACUUAAGUUACAGGUUAAGCCUUCAACUUCUUUUAUUAACUUGUCUGUUAUCAAACAUAUAUAAAUGUACUUACCAGGAUGUAAGACCGGGGCAACACAUUGUUUAGAUACGAGAUAUUAUUUUUAUUUUAUUUUGUUUAAAUUAUUUUGAAGCAGCCAUCCGUUAAAAGUUCCACAUGCAAACAAAUCCAAAGAAGUGGCAUUUCAGCAAUACCAUAAUUUCUCCCUUUUUAUCCGUAAGUUUGAAUAUUUACCUCAUUUUGGCCUAUCACACAUUAAAUUCAAUAAAUAUCAAUUUGAAUAAAA